UCCUUCUUUAGAAUCCACCCCUCGCACCCACGCCCCACCCCAAAGCAACCAUGGGUCGUGUCCGUACAAAAACAGUGAAGAAAUCAUCACGUCAAGUAAUCGAACGUUACUACUCAAAAAUGACUUUAGAUUUCCACACAAACAAGAAAAUCUUGGAAGAAGUUGCUAUCAUCCCAUCAAAGCGUCUACGUAACAAGAUUGCUGGAUUUUCAACUCAUUUAAUGAAACGUAUCCAAAAAGGUCCAGUUAGAGGCAUUUCACUUAAGUUACAAGAAGAAGAAAGAGAAAGAAGAAUGGACUUUGUACCUGAUGAAUCUGCUAUUAAUACUGAUAGGAUUGAAGUUGAUAAAGAGACUAUUGACUUGCUUGCUUCAUUGGGUAUGAGUGAAUUACCUGGUGUUGUGCUUAAAGAAGAAGUGGCUGUUACUAUGGUUGCUCCUGUUGGUGGUUUUGGUGGGCGUGGUGGUGGUCGUGCUCGUUACUGAAAUGGGCUUCUUGUUUUUUCGUUAAAAUGUUUUUCUGUUGUGAAGUUAAAAGACUUUAUGUUAUCUGAUAUUGGUUU